GGGUUAGGAGCGGUUCUGAUGGGGGCCCCCCAGCAGAGGGGGGCCCCCCUGUACCCUUUUUGAGUGUCUGCGUCUUCUUCCGCGGCAUUUCACUGCAAUUAUCGCUUUUGAUUUCACUUUUCAUACGGAUGGCAUCUUUUUCGCCUUUGGCUUGUUUUGAAAAUGAAGCCUCCUCUGAAGACGAAUUCUUCGGGGGUUUCAUUUCUCAAGAAGAAGAUGGUGAGACAGAUAACAGCAGCAGCAGCAGCAGCAGCAACAGCAACAGCAGCAGCAACAGCAGCAGCAACAGCAGCAGCAACAGCAGCAGCAGGGAAAUAGAAGUACACAUUAUACUGGGGGGUGAAGCCUCUUUAGAUGAUAGAGGGGGCCGCCCUGGAUCAUCUUCUUCUUCUUUCUCUCUCUCUCCUUCUUUAUGCAUUUGGGUUAUUCAUCAAGACAGACAUUUACUAUUUGCAAAGUACAACCAAACAAAACAAACAACAACAGAAGAGGGGCCCCCAGAGGGGCCCCCAGGAACAAUAGAAGAAAGCACCUGCUACUGGAAGGAGUUGAUGCUUGCAGGGGUUUCGUUCGUUCGUUCUCAUUUAUGCUACGGGAGUUCAUUUCUAUUUGACUUGUGGUGGAGUCUGAGCUCCUUGCUGGCUGCUUCGCAGCAGCAAAAGAAGAAGCAGCAGCCGCAGCAGCAGCGCAUUUUCUUGUUUACUGGGGUUGCUGACCCCUGCAGCAGCAGCAGCAGCAGCAGCAACAGCAGCAACAGCAGCAGCAGCAGCAGCAGCGAGGAGGAGAUGGAGAGAAGUGCGUGCAUUCAAAGAGUGCAGGAUAUCAAAUCUAGGAAAGCAGAGCUUCUUCUUUUCCCCCUAGAACAUGAAGACGGGGCGUUCGAUAUGUCUCUUUUCUGGAACGAGGCUUUGGGAGAGGAAGCGGGAGAAGAAGCUUAUCAUUUGCUGCUGUCUAAUCUGCAGCCAAGCAUUGAGGCUUAG